AUUUGUGUGAGCACUGAAAAGUGGACUGCGGAGGCGAAGCCACAAGUGUCAAGGCCCCUUGUCUGUGGUUGCAUCGGGGCCUGUACCGUGGGAAAUCGUGUGAUGUAGUCUUGGGUGCGGAGGACACGGCCAGGUGUCGCGGGGACGCAAAAACUCCCUGGAGACCGUGUCGCCGCGCAGGGCGGCCUGGGAAAGUCAGCAGCGCCGUGGCGGCCCUGGACCUCCCAGGGAAGCAAGCCAUCUAUCUAUUCAUUGUUCCUGAAAGAGAAACUCAAAGAAGAGAAAUAAUAAGAAAUGGCUAAUUCUACAAUAAACAUGCCACAGGGUCUGUUGACUUUCGGGGAUGUAGCUGUGGACUUCCCACAGGAAGAGUGGGAAUGCCUGGAUUCUGCUCAGAGGGCUUUGUACAUUGAUGUGAUGUUGGAGAAUUACAGCAACCUGGUCUCUGUGGAGAACUAUUGCAAAUGUGAUCCUGCCCAUCAACAUAUGAAUAAUAAAAAAGAGUUUUCUCAGUGUAAUCAGCCUGACAAAAUGCUACAUGACCCCUCCAAAGGUGCAGUUUCUAGAACAAGUGAACCUGCAGAAAGCUCUAAUAAGGGAACCUGCAGUAAUCACAGGGAUGCCUCUGUUGACUCAUCAAACCUAGACAGACAUGAAAGCGUACACACUGGAGAAGAACCCUGCAAAUCUAAAGAUUGUGAGAAAUCUUUAAAUUUGAGUUCCAUCAUUACUCAAGAUCAGAGUCUCCACACUGCAAAGAAAGACAACAGGCAGGAAGAAUAUGAUGAUUAUUUCAGCUCGGCCUACAGUCUUUUGCAACAACCAAUCUUCAUCGGAGAUACACCUCACCAGUGUGAGAAAUGUGGGAAAUGCUUCAGUACUGCCUCAAGCCUCACUGUACAUCAGAGAAUUCAUACUGGGAAAAAACCCUAUAAGUGCCACUUUUGUGGCAAAUCAUUUAACCAGUGUGCAAAUCUAAAAACACAUCAAAGACUUCAUACUGGGGAGAAACCUUAUAAAUGCAAAGAAUGUGGGAAGUCAUUUCCUCAGUUGUCAGCACUUAAAAGCCAUCAGAAAAUGCAUACUGGAGAGAAGCCUUACAAAUGUAAGGAAUGUGACAAAUCCUUUGCCCACUGUUCCAGUUUCAGGAGACAUCAGAAAAUCCAUGCUGCUGAUCAACAUUAUACUUGUCAAGAAUGUGACAAGGUCUUUCAUCAGCUUUCACAUCUUAAAAACCAUUACAGACUCCACACUGGAGAGAAGCCUUAUAAGUGCAAUGACUGUGACAGAUCAUUUACCCACUAUUCAUCAUUUAGAAGACAUGAGAAAACUCAUUCUCUAGAGAAAUUUAAUGAAUGCAAAGAAUGUGGUAAGUCCUUCCUUGAAUUAUCACAUCUUAAAAGACAUUACAGAACUCAUACUGGUGAGAAGCCUUACAAAUGUGAGAUAUGUGACAAAUCCUUUACUGUGAAUUCGACUCUUAGAACACAUCAGAAAAUUCAUACAGGAGAGAAACCUUACAAAUGUAGGGAAUGUGACAAAUCCUUUAUCAAGUACUCACAUCUUACAAGACAUCAGAGUGUUCACACUGGAGAGAAACCAUACAGAUGUAAGGAAUGUGACAGAUGUUUUACUGAGUUCUCAACUCUUAGAGAGCAUCAAAAAAUUCAUACUGGAGAGAAACCCUACAAAUGUGGAGAAUGUGACAAAUCCUUCAUCCAGCGUUCAAAUCUUAGAAUACAUCAGAGAGUUCACACUGGAGAGAGACCUUACAUAUGUAAGGACUGUGGAAAAUCUUUUACUAAGUGCUCAACUCUUCAAGCACAUCAGAAAAUUCAUACUGGAGAGAAACCUUACAAGUGUAUGAAAUGUAACAAAUCCUUUACCCAGGAUUCACAUCUUAGAACACAUCACAGAGUUCAUACUGGAGAGAGACCUUACAGUUGUAAGGAGUGUGGCAAAUCUUUUACUAGGCGCUCAUAUGUUAAAGCACAUAUGAAAAUUCAUACUGGAGAGAAACCACACAAAUGUAAAGACUGUGACUUUUCUUUUAUUCAGAUGUCGAAUCUUAAAAGACAUCAAAAAAUUCAUGCUGGAGAGAAACAUACUGUUGUAAAUAAUAAGACAUAGCGUUUUCUGCUUACAAAUCACAGCACUAUACAAAAUAGAGACAUAAAGAUAAGAAAUAUUUGGAAGUCUUUAAUGAAGGUUUAAAUUUUAAAAAAUACCUUAGAUUUUAUGUUAAAUUAAAAUCAUGCAAAUAAAACUGAGAAAAGUU